AUGGUAAACCUCAUCGACCUCCUCCAGUCCAAGCUGGAACUCUUUCGUCUCGAACAACGGUACACCCGUCGACGCAAUCGUCGCUCAACCUUCGUCUCGGAAGCCCAAUACGUUGACGGCGAAUACAUCUACUCUCCUAGUUCUGCGAAGUUCUCCACUGGCAGCGAUAGCGAUGAAGAACGUGCGAGCAAGGAGAAUAAGUCAAAUAAGCGGAUGAGUCGCUUGGGACUUGACAAAAUGGACUGGAGAAAGGGUGCAAGAGAGGAAAGGACUCCCAAAGUCAGCGUUAGGGAGGUCAGUCAUGAGGAGGGAAAUCGCUCGAUGAGGGGGUGA